AUACAUACGGUCCGGAGUUGCACGUUUCAAGUCGAAGUCCAGGCAGCUAGCUCCUUUGCGUUGAGAAAUCAUUUAUUUGGUGAUUAAUCUGUCCUCUUGACAACCCAGUUAUUUUCCUCAACUUUGAAAGAUCAUACCAGAAUCAAAAUGCCCGCCAAAGGCUCUGCUAUGAAGGGAGAAAAAAAGGCUGUCAAGUCGUCCAAGGCGAUGGGAUCCCGAACAGGGGACAAGAAGAGAAGGCGAAGGAGGAUGGAGUCAUACAACAUCUACAUCUACAAAGUCCUCAAACAAGUUCACCCCGAUACUGGUAUAUCAAGCAAAGCCAUGUCAAUCAUGAACAGCUUUGUUAAUGAUAUCUUUGAAAGGAUUGCAGCGGAAGCUUCGAGGUUGGCUCAGUACAACAAGAAAAGCACCAUCAGCAGUAGGGAGGUACAAACAGCUGUUCGCCUCCUACUUCCCGGGGAGCUGGCCAAACACGCCGUAUCAGAGGGCACCAAAGCGGUUACCAAAUACACCACGUCGCGGUAGAGAUGCGGUCAUUUCGAACAGCUCCGGUCGCCACCGAAGUCAAAAAAGCGGUUGAAACCAUAUGGAAUGAAUCGCUGAGGCAUUAACCGAGAUAAAAACAUGCUGCAUCUAUCAACUAAUCUUUUUGGUGAUCAAUCAUUUUGACGAUUAAUAUCGUGAAAUAUUAAAAGAUCGUGUCACUUGAGCUAGUUGUUGAAAUUACAUCACAUGCUGAUAUGUCUGGAUCUGAGCAACGCUUGUCUUUCAUUGUUCCAUCUUUUGAUCGAAUUUCUUUGUUUGUCGAAUGAUUUCGGUUUAUAGUCAAGGAUAUACAUUAAGUACGCCAUAUUGAUAUUUUUAAAUGUUUGAGAUUCAUUUGUAGAAAUAAAGUAAUAUUGAAAAACAAUAUGCAUUUUGUAGGGCGGGGGAAGGGGUCCGUAAUAAAAUCCUACAGAAUAACAAAAUUUUAGUUAUUGGCAUAACAGACACUUAUCACAUGCAAGUUUUGGGCCAAAGAAAACGAAUGAUUUAGUCUCUUGUCCUUCACCGGGUAGAUUUGUUUAAUUAAAACUUUCUGCUGAGUAAUUAUCACAAUAUAACUUACUAGUGUAUUCGUUUUCUGAGAUUAAUACCAUACGAAGUUAAGAAUUUAAGAACGAUGUUUAGUUAAGAUUUUAAAAGGUCCAGCCCCACCCUCCCCCCAAAAAAUCAUUUGAGUUAACAGAGAAAAUCAGAGAACAUACUUGUAGCACUGAAAAUGCUAUGACAUUAUUGGAUGUAAAAUACGAAAUUAUUGGCAUUUUAAAGUUUUUUUUUCAUCACAAACCAGUUUUUGUGCACAUCCUGGUCAGUAUGCAAAUUAUGUCACACCCUCACUGUAUAGGCCUAUUAAUAUAUAAAAUAUCGAAUGUUCAUUAUGAAAUAGUGUUUUCACAUUUUUCAUUAGGAAUCAAGCUUGAAUUUAAGAGGGUGGGAAAUGGGUAAAAAAUAUAUAUAUCACAUUCAUUCACAAUGGAAUAGAAAUGAAAAAAUGUGACGUCAUCGGUUUCCUCACUUACAUACCUUCCAUGAGAUAAGCAUAUAACUGUCUCGAGAAAUACCCCCCCCCCUCAAGAUAAAAAAUCAAAAUGUUCAUAUUUAUGUUUCAUUCGAUUUUCUCGGAAAGUUCAAUGUUAUGAUUCUUCGAUUUUCUCUAUUAGUGGAUGGACAUGCCCUUCAUUGCAUCUGUGAUCAUAUUCUGGGGG